CGGCUAUAACUAGUCAACCCAUUUUGUCGAGUGCGACCACUAGCUGAGUGUUUUUUGUGCUGAAUAGAGAGGAAUAAGAAGGCCUUUGUGUGGUAAAAAAUGGAGAAAUUGAUGAAUAUUUUAGUACUUUGUAUCUUGGCUGUGGCAUUGGUGAAGGCUGAUCCUAUUUGGGAGGAUGCUAAUCUUGAUACGAUCGGGCUCCUCAGAAAAUACGGCUACACAGCUGAAGCAUUGACAGUAACAACAUCCGAUGGAUAUCGUCUUGGACUUCACAGAUGUACAGGUGGACCUCUAUCUCCACCAGCAUUAAACAAGCCAGUAGCUUUCUUGAUGCACGGACAGUUGAGCUCAUCAGCUGAUUAUGUUAUCAUGGGACCAAAUAAUGCUUUAGUUUAUAUGUUGGCUGAUUUAGGAUACGACGUAUGGAUGGGAAAUUCACGCGGAAAUCGCUACUCGAACACACACGCCUCCCUUCACAACGAAUCACAAGCCUACUGGGAAUUUGGAUGGCAUGAGAUUGGAACAAUUGAUGUUCCAACAAUGAUUGACUUUAUCUUAGCAAGAACAGGCCAACAGAAGCUUCACUAUAUUGGACAUUCCAUGGGAACAACUGUCUACUUUGUCAUGAUCAGUGAGAAGCCACAAUAUGCAUCAAAAUUAAGAAGUGUUCAACUUUUGGCACCGGCAGCUUACAUGACAUAUAUCCUUACUCCAUACGUUAGAUGGAUUGCUACUUAUGCUUACACAUUCGAUCUUAUGUUCCAAAUGAUGGGAACUUACUAUUUCGCACCAACUACUGAGAUGGACAAACAAGCUGCUUAUGAUGACUGUCGUGAUGGAGCUCCGUACCAAGAAAUGUGUGCUAACCAAAUCUUCUUAAUUGCUGGAUGGAACUCCGUCGAGACAAAUAGAACAAUGUUGCCAGUCAUUAAUGCACACUCUCCAGCUGGUGCUAGUAUUAAGAAUAUGUUGCAUUAUGCACAGAUUGUUAGAAGUGGAAUAUUCAGACAAUAUGAUCAUGGAGCUAAUAAUUGGCUUCAUUAUGGACAGUUGACACCACCAUUGUAUAGAUUUACUGGACAUUCAGCACCUGUUGCUUUCUAUUAUGGCUUAAAUGACUGGAUGGCAACUCCAUCAGAUGUCAACACCCUCCACCGUGCCAUGGGAUCACAAGUCACAUUAUUCCAUCAAGUUCCACAAGCAUCAUUCAACCACAUGGACUUUGUGUGGGCUAUCAAUGUAAGAUCUUUGGUUUACGACCGCAUGACACAGGAAAUGAGGAAAUAUGAUUAAAAGUUUGGAUUUUUGAAUUUACUGAAUAUUAA